AUGAACCAACCCACGACUCUGUAUCUGCUCACUUUCGCUCUAUCGGUCGCAUUCACCUACUAUUGGGUCUCCAAAAGAAUUCCGAGCCGGCUCAUCGCUGAUCAAGCUCCAAGGGCGAGAUUCGAGCUCGUUCCAGUGAAGAGCUACGUACCCGCGCGUGCUAGUGGGAUCGAUCUCAUAUUCGUCCAUGGCCUCGGAUCCAACCCUGAUACGACGUGGCAAGCGAGAAACUCCACGAACACCGCACACCUGACCGAGGAAACCCGCCCGAACAGUGAGCAAUACGUGAACUGGGUCAGCGAAUUUCUUCCCAGUGACCUCCCCCGGAGGGAUGCGGUCUAUACACGGCUCCAGACCGUCGGUACCCAUCUUCUUGAACAUAUUGACGGGCAGAUCCGUCAGUCGAAGUAUGAGCAGAGCCGACGCUUGGUCUUCGUGGGACAUAGCUACGGAGGUCUAGUAGUCGAAGAGGCGCUUAUUCAAGCCAAACGCAGGCGCGAGUUCAAUCAUAUUGUGGAGCAAACAAGGGCGAUUCUUUUUCUAGGUACACCGCAUCGCGGUACGAGCUUUGGCCCUUGGGGUCGGCUUGCUGCACUCGCCUUGCAACCGCUAGGAUCUAAUCCAUUGAUCCUGGCCAAUCUGGAAUACGACUCUGUCGUGUUGAGUGAUUUACACGAAAGCUUCAUCUCCAGUAUACGAGAUGAUUUGCAAGUGGUCAAUUUUUAUGAGCAGAGACCGCUUUGCCUUCUCCGACUAGGGUUCUUUCGAUGGCAAAUGUUUUGCGUUUCUGAGAGGUCCGCCACCUAUCAGGGGAACACGGUCAGCAAAAUCGGCCUAGCCGUCGAUCACUACGGGCUGAACAAGUUCGAUUCAAGAAAUGAAAGCUACAAUAUCAUCCUUUCAAAGCUUGCCAGAGUAUUGGCACCUUUGGUUCAACCGACGAAGCGCCAAUAUUCCGUUCCACUUGAGACAGUACAGACCUUUAUUCAGCGUGAUCAGCUUUGGAAGGAGUUGGAAGAAAAGCUUCAAAUACGGCACGGAAGGGCCAGCGUUCCAUUUGCUGUCACUCUGCACGGAUUAGAAGGGGCAGGUAAAUCUCAGUUAGCCCUGAAGUUUACCGAAUGUAGUGUUGAUCGGUAUAGCCCAAUUCUCUGGAUUGAUGCAACACGUGAAGAAACCGUCCGAUCUAGUUUCAGAAGAUGCGCCGCAGAAAUCGGGGUUGCGGACGAACCAAACAAUCAGCAGAGUACAGCUCUUGUGGACGACCGGGUCAUUCAAGGUGUACUUCGAUGGCUUCGCAACCGCACUGACGUGGAUGAUGAAUGGUUGGUUAUCGUCGACAAUGCGGAUGACCUCACUUGGGGUAUCAAAAAGAUCAUGCCAAAGGGAACCCGAGGAAGAAUAAUUAUCACCAGCCGCGAUGCGCAAAGUCAAAAGCUGGUCGAGAAAAGCUGCGAACAAAUUCGAGUUGGCGACAUGUCCCCACGAGAAGCGAGAAUGGUCCUUCUGCGCCAUCUGUCCGACAACGUCGACUUGCUCCCACAGUCUGUGGAAGAGGGCUGCGACGAAGUGGCGAAGAAGCUUGGAUAUUUACCACUGGCGAUUGAUCUUGCCGGGGCGUACAUCGGCAAUAGCGUUGCCCCUGAACUGUCCCUCGCGCGGUAUUUAGAAGACUAUGAGAAGCAUCGCGAUGAGCUCUUGCAGAUGGAUCAUCUUCGAGGGUUAUCCUCUGCGGAGAGAACUGUGUGGACGGUAUGGGAUACUACUUUGGAGAAAAUUGAAACACAGUAUCCCCGCCUGCAGCCUGGUCUACUCUUGACCUUCUUGGCCUGUUUCCAAGGAAAUAUUGUGCAGGACGAAAUGUUUCGUCUCGCGAGUCUAGGUAUGUCUACGGUCGUCAACGAGCUCGGCGAAGAGGAUUCCACUGAGCUCCGAAUGUUUAUUCCGGAAUCCGAAGGAAACGGGUGCACGGGGAUUGGCCUAGUACCACAAUGCACAGCCUGGUUCAGUGGAGAGCAAUUCGUCGCGACCAAAAUCGGAAUUGGCAGUCGUGGUAUACUAGGUUUGUGCUUGCUGCUUGCUGCCAGAUUACGGAAGAAGAUCAUCAGCCACAGGUUCCGUCGGCAUCUUAUCCUGCAUCUUUCGGAUGUAGGUAAUAUUGAUCCAAACUCUAUUAGCAUCAGAGAAAUGGGCGAUGUUUUCAUUCGGACAAUACUGGCAAGGGUACACUAUGAUGAAGGACAGUGGGAGGAGGCCGAGCAGCUCUUUGUGCAGGUGAUGGAGACCCGCAAGACGAAGCUCGGCCAGGACCAUCCCGACACGCUGAUCAGUAUGGGCCACAUAGCCUCAACGUUUUGGAACCAGGGCCGGUGGGAGGAGGCCGAGCAGCUCGAGGUGCAGGUGAUGGAGACUCGCAAGACGAAGCUCGGCGAGGACCAUCCUUCCACGCUGACCAGUAUGGCCAACCUAGCCUCAACGUUUUGGAACCAGGGCCGGUGGGAGGAGGCCGAGCAGCUCGAGGUGCAGGUGAUGGAGACUCGCAAGACGAAGUUCGGCGAGGACCAUCCCGACACGCUGACCAGUAUGGCCAACCUAGCGUUGACGUUUUGGAAUCAGGGCCGGUGGCAGGAGGCCGAGCAGCUCGAGGUGCAGGUGAUGGAGACGAGCAAGACGAAGUUCGGCGAGGACCAUCCCGACACGCUGACCAGUAUGGACAACCUAGCGUCAACGUACAGGAAGCAGGGCCGGUGGGAGGAGGCCGAGCAGCUUGAGAUGCGGGUGAUGGAGAUGACCAAGACGAAGCUCGGCGAGGGCCCUCCUCGCACGCUGACCAGCAUGGCCAAUCUAUCAUCAACGUACAGGAGCCUUUGA